AUGGCCAUUUGCCGUCGACAGCGGCAGGUCUUGGAGGCUCUACAGGAUGACCGGCCGACUUGGGAGCCCCGGCUGGCACGGGCAGCCAAGGCAGAAGCAGAGGAGUUCUUUCGACUGAUGCGUACAGCAUCGGAGCAGCAAGCCAGUUGUGCUAGUUUGAUGGCCCGAAAGCCACGACCAACAGAGCCCUGCGAGGAACCACAGGAGGAGCUACCCGUGGUCCCUCGCUCUUGGGCUGAGCAACAGGCCCGAGCAUGUGCUUUGGCUGAGCCACGGCGCCGCGCCUCCGCACCGGCGGACACUGGGAGGUCCACACCGCCCCGGAACAGCUCGCAGCGCCGAAUGCUCGCAGCGGAGCAGCAGCGGCGCGUGGCGGCGUUGGCGCAGCCGCGGAUGCCGAAGAGCGAUUGGAUGGAGGAUUUGUGGCCACGAGGCCUCUCUUUCCUCCAGACGAAGUGCCAGCGCAGGACUUUGCUCAUCCGCAGGGCGGAGGAGGACGAGAAAGCUGUUUUCCCAGAACUCCUCAGCCUGUUGGAGAAGGCCGGUUUAAGCUCUUAUAGCUCUGAAGUCUUGCAGUGGUGUGAGGAUCAGGGUGCCAGUUCCAGUGAAGAGGUCCUGGAAAAUCUCGAGGACUUGGCUUUGGACCUUGAAAUUUCUGAUGAGAAACUGGAGAAGCUCAAGCUCACCCACACCAUGCAGCAGCAGCUUCAUGAGGUUUGUGCCGCAGGGGAUCACCUGCGCUUGGCCCAGAUCUUACCCAGCUGCGACCUCGCUUCCAAAGACCCGCAAAACCGCUCCGCCCUCCAUUUGGCUGCAGCUGGGGGACAUGUGGAAGUGUGCCGGCUCUUGCUGGAGUCUCGGCCAGAGAUGGUCACUGCCAGAGACCCCGAGGGCCGCAUGCCUUUACACUUGGCAGCCUUCAACGGCUUUACCGAGCUGGUGGAGACUUGGUGGAAGCCAUAG